AUGGAAGAACAGAAGUAUGAGCGGUGGGCCACUUCUUCCGGUGCUGCUUCCUCUGAGUGCUGGAGGGAGGAAGCUGGCCAGGCUUCUGAGAUCGGGAUUAGGUGCAGACCCCUGCUGGGGAGCCCAGAUCUCCUGCUGGGCUCACCUAGUCCAGCAAGAAGCUUGGAUCAGGAUGUGGCAGAACUGGCCAACACAGCUCUGAAGGAAACUGCAGGAUCCCUGCUCUUUGGUACUGGUGAAGGAUUGAACUCAGACUUUCAGAAGGGAGAGCCACUCCUGGGGAUCGUGGUGGGCAUCCCUGUUUCUAAACUGGGCCAAAAGCAAUGGCUAGCGCUCGUCCUGGGGCUGGUGCUCCUCCGACUCGGCCCAGGGAUGCUAUGGCUGGUCUUCGGGCUGGGGCCCAGCAUGGGCUUCUCCCAGCGCUUCCCGCUCAGCUUCGGCUUCCAGCGCCUGAGGGGCCCCGACGAACGCGCGCCGCCCGCCGCGGGGCCCGGGGGGCCGUCGGGGCCGUCGUGGUUGCAGCCUCCGGUGCCCGGGGCGGCGCCGGGGCCGGGCAUGUGCGGCCCAGCCCACUGGGGCUACGUGCUGGGCGGCCGGGGCUGCGGCCGGGACGAUGACGAGAAGCGCUACAGCGGCGCCUUCCCGCCCCAGCUGCGCGCCCAGAUGCGUGAGCUGGCGCGGGGCAUGUCCGCCUUCGGCUACGACAACUACAUGGUGCACCCCUUCCCGCAUGAUGAGCUCAACCCCAUCCACUGCCGCGGCCGGGGGCCGGACUGCGGGGACCCUUCAAAUUUGAACAUCAGUGAUGUCCUAGGGAACUAUAAAUUGACUCUUGUUGGUGCAUUGGAUACACUUGCAAUAAUGGGAAACUCAUCCGAGUUCCAGAAAGCAGCCAAGUUAGUGAUCAGCACAGUUUCAUUUGACAAAGAUUCUACCAUCCAAGUCUUUGAGGCCACAAUAAGAGUCCUGGGAAGCCUCCUUUCUGCUCACAGAAUAAUAACUGACUCCAAGCAGCCCUUUGGUGACAUGACAAUCCAGGAUUAUGAUAAUGAAUUGUUGCACGUGGCUCAUGACCUGCCCGUGUGACUCCUCCCCGCCUUUGAAAACAGCAAGACAGGCAUCCCCUAUCCUCGGGUCAAUCUAAAGACAGGCGUCCCUCCUGACGCCAAUAAUGAGAAGUGCACGGCAGGCGCUGGUUCCCUUUUGGUGGAGUUUGGGAUUCUGAGCCAACUUCUGGGGGACUCCACAUUUGAGUGGGUGGCCAGACGAGCAGUGAAAGCCCUCUGGAACCUCUGGAGCAAUGACAUCGGAUUAUUAGGCAAUGUCGUGAACAUUCAGACGGGCCAUUGGGUUGGAAAGCAGAGUGGCUUGGGUGCUGGCCUGGACUCCUUCUAUGAGUACCUCUUAAAAUCUUACAUUCUCUUUGGAGAAAAAGAAGACCUAGAAAUGUUUAAUGCUGCAUAUUGGAGUAUUCAGAACCACUUAAGAAGAGGUCGGGAGGCCUGUAACAAGGGAGAAGGAGACCCCCCACUCUAUGUCAAUGUGAACAUGUUCAGUGGACAGCUGAUGAACACCUGGAUUGACUCUCUGCAGGCCUUCUUCCCUGGACUGCAGGUUCUAAUAGGAGAUGUGGAAGAUGCCAUCUGUCUCCACACUUUUUACUAUGCCAUCUGGAAACGACAUGGGGCCCUGCCUGAGAGAUGUAACUGGCAGCUGCAGGCCCCUGAUGUUCUCUUCUACCUGCUGAGACCAGAGUUGGUGGAAUCUACAUAUCUCCUCUUCCAGGCAACCAAGAAUCCCUUUUACCUCCAUGUGGGAAUGGAUAUUCUGCAGGGUCUGGAAAAGUACACAAAAGUCAAAUGUGGGUACGCAACGCUGCAUCACGUCAUAGACAAAUCCAAAGAGGACCGGAUGGAGAGCUUCUUUCACAGUGAGACCUGUAAAUACUUGUAUCUGCUAUUUGAUGAAGAGAAUCCAGUACACAAAUCUGGAACCAGAUACAUGUUUACAACUGAGGGACACAUUGCAUCUGUGGACAAACACCUACGGGAAUCACCCUGGAAGGUAUUCUUUUCUGAAGGAGAGCCCGAUGAAGAGGGAAAUUCUGUACCCAGGCCUAAAUCUCAUGAAUUAAAGGUCAUCAACUCCAGCUCCAAUUGCAAUCGUGUUCCUGAUGAGAGGACAUAUUCCCUGCCCUUAAAGAGCAUCUACAAGUGACAGAUUGACCAGAUGGUUGGCUUGAUCGCCUGUCCUCCGUGUGGCCUCAAGUUCAAUCAGACACCAGCAACGGAACCAAACCCAGCUGAUAUCCAGUCUGAAGUGGAAGGAAAAGGACAGAAGAUUGGCCGUCCAUGA